AUGAGUCGUUCUGUCCUUUGUCUGUUGUUCUUCUUGAACGCAUUUUUAUAUCAGAUUACCACAGCUGCACCUCUUGCCAAUGAUGACUCGGAAUACUACUAUGACUGUGGAUCUCAAACACCGUCGGCAACUUUUUCAAGAUCUACAUUCCCUCCAACUAGCAGCUUUACACCUGUACUAUCUACAAGACAACCAGAUACCUCCUCCUACUCACUCUCGGACACAAGUCGAUUGACAUCUUUGAGCUCAUCUGCAGUUCAGACUGCUUCUUCGACAGUCAAGCCUCAGACUUCAGGGAGUAUCAUAUCUUCAUUGGAGACUUCUGGCAAGAGUUCUGUCCAGCCAUUUCCUACAUCCGUGGCGUCUGCUUCUACCACACUAUCUCUGAUCGACCCUGCCAGUACCUCGUUCCCACACCCUGUUGUCGCUCCUCUGGCUUCGACAAUGACUGUGGACAAUGUCUUUGUGGCAUUCGCAAGUGGCCCGCCACCAUCCCAGGUCUCUCAAAGAACCGACCAUCCUGUCCCUCGGUCCAUGAUCGCAUCACAAACAAAGAAACUGCAGACUAACAAGUUUUAUGCCAAUUUCUUCUUGGGAUCUCAGUCUUCGUCUACGUUCACUCACCCUUACUCUGUAGCCUGGGCGAAGGGAUCUGGUGUGCUCAAGAGCUACGGUCUGGCAAUAAGUCACGUCGAACGAUCACAAUUAGCAUUCGGUCCAGGAAAUCCGGCUAGAUAUUUUAUCAACCCUAUUGGCAUACAAUCGAUCACACUUUCUGCUUCUGAGCUGAAUACCACAAGUCAACUCACAAUGGACUCUCUGGAUGCCUUCUCUGCCAAUGUCAACCUCUUGCCACGCCCGGGUGCUGCUCCAGCUAUCACUUUUCCGUUGGUUCAGGGCAUGGGGUUCGUGACGGCUGUUUACAGUAGCAGCACACCGCGUGUCGAGAGUGCGAUUUCCUUCACUAGUGUGACCUACGUUGGGCGAAUGCCUUCUGGCUCAACUUACAAGUAUCAGGCAAAACUUGCCGAUGGCACUUCAUGGAACAUCUACGUUACAACCUCUCAAGCUGGAUAUCCCGUCAACUCAUUCACCCUGACCAACGUGCGUGUACUGCAGGGAGCACCUAAAUUCCAAGGGUUCAUCCAAGUCGCCAAGGUGCCGUCCGCUGGUGCAGAGUCGACUUAUGAUCAAGCAGCAGGCGCAUAUCCGGUUUCUGCAACGGUAGCCGGUUCUAUUGCAGGGACCGCUGGAACGUACAAGUUGACAUGGACCAAACAAGGAGUCGCCAAUCGCACUCUUCUCAUGUUUGCUCUUCCUCAUCAUGUACAGACUAUUACCUCUGGCGGUUUGACAAAUGUCAAGCUUCAGACUACGACCAAGGGAACGGCAACAGGUAUCGUUGGCGAUUCAUGGGCACUGCUGGAGCAAUUCUUACCGAUAGACAUGGGGUUCGCGCCCUGGACACCAUCCGGCAGAGGCAACAGCAAGGUUUCGACGGUAGCUGCUAAGCUGAUCAACAAAGCUGGAAUGAGUGAGCUCAGCCAGGACAUGAAGAAGCAAUCUAGUCUCAACUCGAUGUACUAUUCCGGCAAAGCACUCGCCAAGUUUGCUACCAUUGUCUACACAGUGCACGACAUCGGCAACAAUGCAACUCUUUCUAUCAGUGGGCUUCAGAAGCUGAAGAUAGCCUUCGACACAUUCGUUCGCAACAAGCAAAUCCUCCCUCUUGUCUAUGAAUCGUCAUGGGGUGGAGCUGUCUCCAGUGGCACAUAUCAGACAGGCGACUCUGGCCUUGACUUUGGAAACACGUAUUACAAUGACCACCACUUCCAUUACGGGUACUUCGUUUACGCAGCAGCUGUUAUUGGAUACUUGGACCCUAGCUGGCUGAGCCAAGGCACGAACAAGGCGUGGGUCAACAUGCUGGUCCGAGACUAUUCCAACUCUGUCACCACUGAUGCGUACUUUCCUUUCUCUCGAUCCUUUGAUUGGUAUCACGGACAUAGCUGGGGUCUGUUCGAAAGUGGAGAUGGCAAGGACGAAGAAAGUUCUUCCGAGGACAACUUGUCGGUCUAUGCAAUCAAGAUGUGGGGACGCACAAUCGGGGACAAAGCAUUAGAAGGAAGAGGUAAUCUCAUGUUGGCCAUUCAAGCAAGAUCGAUGCAGAAUUACUUCCUGUAUGCGUCGGACAACAAAGUGCAGCCUUCGAACUUUAUUGGCAACAAAGUCAGCGGAGUUGUGANNACAUACUUCGGCAGCAAUCCAGAGUUUAUCCACGGCAUCCAUAUGAUACCCGCCGGCUUCCCAUUCAGCGCAUACGUACGCACGCAGAAAUUUGUCACGGAAGAGUGGAAUGCCUUCUUUUCCAAUGGGCGAGCCAAUGUAGAUGGUGGUUGGAGGGGUAUCUUGUAUGCCAAUCUGGCAACCAUCCAGCCGGCUGCCAGUUAUGCAUUCUUCUCAGACCCCAAUUUCAAUCCUGCCUACCUUGAUGGUGGGGCGAGUUUGACUUGGUAUUUGACUUACUCGGCAGCACUGGGCGGCUCGCCUGCUGGUGCGGCCAAGCGAUCGGCGAAUGAAGGAGGUGUUCUGGAAGAAGAGCCCGUGGAGAAACAGACGGAGAGUGAACGAGCAACCAAGGCUGUCCAUCGGCGUAGGGGCCAUGGACAUGGGCAUGCGAAGCUCUGA